AGUGAUUCGACUGCGGGCCGCGGCUUUCAGGUCUCCCCCACCCCUCAGAGGCCCCGCGCCUCCGGCUCGCAGCCGUGCCCCACGUCCUCCCGCCUGCUCCCGCGCGAGCCCCGCCGCCCCAGAAAUCGCGAGGGACUACUUCGCCUGCCUCUCCCGCGGGCGCCCCCGGUUCGAGCGGCGGAAGGAGCGGGCGGCGUGAGCGCUUCCGCCGCCCCCCUCGCGGCUCCCCUCUCGCGGGCGUGAGGAGCGGGCAGCGGAGCUGCGCUGGUCUCGGCCCUCCUCACCGCUGCUCGGCACUGUGCCCUCGGGCUCCGACACUCGCCUCGCGCCCUGUCUGCGGCCCCCAGCUGGAGCGCGUCUGAGGGAGCCCCUGAGGGCCGACCAGGCGCGCCGCGCGGGCAGCCGGCGGCCAGGCGGGAGAUGGUGCGCGGCACCUCGGGACCGCGCCGCCUCCCGCAGCCAGCGCUCGGCUGCCCCCAGCCGGCUCCCGCCGCCCGCCCGUCGCCGCGCCCCUGAGAGCAGCACCGCCUUAGCCACCGACCGAGUUCCCUCAGCGCCCUCAGUCGCCCGCACCGUCUCGGCUUCGCACCCGACCUCGGCGCGGCGAACCGCUGGGGUCGCCACGGCCGCGCUCGCCGCCGCCGCCCCCCUGCGGGGGUGGCCGGGCUGCCCAGCUCGUAGGGCGCCGCUCCGGGUGAGGCGUCCACCAUGGUGAGGCCCCCGAGCCGCUGCCCGCGCGCCCCGCCGGCCGUCGUCGCCCGCUGCCCCUCGGUGCCACCGCUGCCGCUGCUUCCCCGCCUGCUGUUGCUCCUCCAUCUCCUGAGCGGAUCACGGUGAGGGAAAGAUGAGCGAGGAGACGGCGACUUCUGACAACGAUAAUAGUUAUGCACGAGUGCGAGCUGUGGUGAUGACCAGAGAUGACUCAAGUGGUGGAUGGCUACCACUCGGAGGGAGCGGACUGAGCAUUGUCACUGUCUUCAGAGUCCCUCAGCAGGAAGAGAAUGGCUGUGCAGACUUUUAUAUCCGUGGAGAGAGACUCAGAGACAAAAUGGUGGUUUUGGAAUGUAUGCUUAAGAAAGACCUCAUCUAUAAUAAGGUCACUCCCACUUUUCACCACUGGAAGAUCGAUGACAAGAAGUUUGGCCUUACCUUUCAGAGUCCUGCUGAUGCCAGGGCUUUUGAUCGAGGCAUUCGAAGAGCUAUAGAAGAUAUUUCUCAAGGGUGCCCAGCAUCAAAAACUGAGACUGAAGGAGGAGAUGAUGAUUUACAAACAACUGAGGAGGACACUUCCCGUUCCCUGGUGAAAGAUCACUUUUUUCAGCAAGAGACAGUUGUUACCUGUGAUCCUUACAGAAGCUCAGACAUAAGACCAUUACCCUUUGAAGAUCUGAAUGCCAGAAGAGUCUACUUGCAAAGCCAAGUGAGCCAGAUACCAUUUUGUCAGCAAGGCCUAGACAUACAGAGCCGAAGUAUGGAAUAUGUACAGCGGCAGAUAUCUAAGGAAUGUGGGAGCCUCAAGUCCCAAGCUAGGGUCCCCUUGAAGUCUAUCAGACAUGUCAGCUUUCAAGAUGAGGAUGAGAUUGUUAGAAUAAAUCCUCGAGAUAUCUUAAUACGUCGGUAUGCAGACUACAGACAUCCGGACAUGUGGAAAAAUGACUUGGAGAGAGAUGAUACUGACUCCAGUGUUCCAUUUUCUAAACAAGACAGUAAAAAGUCAGACUAUUUCUACCACUGUGGGGAUGAGACUAAGUUAAGUUCUCUGAAAGACUCUGUGGUAUUUAAGACACAGCCUCCCUCAUUAAAAUUUAAGUCAAAACGAAGAAAAGAGGAUGGGGAACGUUCUCGCUGCGUGUACUGCCAGGAAAGGUUUAAUCAUGAAGAAAAUGGCAGGGGGAAAUGCCAGGAUGCUCCAGAUCCUGUUAAAAGAUGCAUAUAUCAAGUUAGUUGCAUGCUCUGUGCCGAGAGCAUGCUGUAUCAUUGUAUGUCAGACUCAGAGGGAGACUUUUCUGACCCUUGUUCGUGUGACACUAGCGAUGACAAGUUCUGCCUAAGGUGGUUAGCCCUGGUAGCUCUGUCUUUCAUUGUACCGUGUAUGUGCUGCUACGUCCCUUUGAGAAUGUGCCAUCGCUGUGGUGAGGCAUGUGGGUGCUGUGGUGGGAAACACAAGGCUGCUGGGUGAAGCAGUCCAGGCCGGCAUGAGCUUGAAACCUUCAUCUCCAGGAAUUAGCUAACUUGGAUUUGUGGAAGCUGUUGGCAGGCAAUAUGGAAUCUUGCCUGGUAUCAUUGGGGCCAUGUGUGGAGGAAGCAGAACUCGUCAGUUCUUGUGAUUUACAGAUGCUAGCCAUGCCUGAUGUUUUCCCUGAGUGCAUGGCAUGUUCUGGGACAGAUCAUAGAGCAUUUACAAAAAGAAGUCAUUUCUGGUUAUUGACUACAAAAGGUCAACAUAGAAUAUGAUCCAACUAAAAGGGAUUAAUUUUGGCAUUUUUAUAUUUAUGCACUAGGUGAUGGGACUUUUAAAGAUUUGAAUUCUUUAGGACAUUAACUAAAAAGUGCACUAAGAGAUGGUGAUUUCAGUACAGAAAAGUUAGUACUUGGGAAAUUGAGAAAACAAGUGCAACUAAAUCAUUAGUUGUUUUCUGAAAGCAGUUUUAUGUAUAAAUAACAAAUGUUUAUAUUUAACUAAAUGUAAGGUACGAACUAUGACAUAUUAAACUUUUCUUGCCCUUCCUAGCUCUGAGGUAGAUGUGCACACAUCUGCCACCACAUUCCAUAUGUGUUGAGUAUUUAACUCAUCUAGUUAAUAACGUUUGUAUCCAUGUGAAGGAUUUGGUAAGUUCAUCCUCACUUCUCUUUGGCUGCGGUUUAUACUGAGUUAUGUCUGUACAUUCUGGAAGUCUAAAAUCUUUAAAAUACUCUAAUAGCCUUGAGUGACCAACUUUUUUUUAAAGCACAGAUGUAAUUGUCUAAUGUUCUGAUGGAAAUGUAACACUUAUUUUUAUAUAAAGAAACUGAGUAAACAUAGAAGAAAGCGAGGGUUCUUUUAGUUGCUGUUUCUGUGGUAUUCAACCAGCAAGUUGUUUCCUUUCAGAGUUUCCUCCUUCAGAGAACUGCAUUUAUAGCCGUUUUACAAGGCAGAAGCAUUAACUGGAUAGUUAGUGUGAAACAGUUUCCACUUGAGAUCUCCGUUUAUCAUUCUGCUAAGCCAGAAUGUGCACAGCUGUUUCACUGAUGUUCUGAGCUUAACCCUCUGUGCUUAUUACUCACAUAACAAUGGAUUACCUUUCAGUUGCAUUUUAUUAUAUUCCAGGAGCAAACUCACUUUGCAUUAACACGUACACAGAACUCUCCCAGGAAGAAAGUAUUCAAUCCACCAUUGUGAAUGGAAAUCUCGUAUAUCACAUUCCUGUCGCAGAGCAUUUGUAUUAUAGGAUAUUUGAGUUACAGAGUGGUGUGAUAUGUUCCAACAAACAAGUUAAAAGUAUUUUGAGGUCAAAUUGUCUUUAAGUGUUACAUUAAAACUCUAACCUGUGAGGGAUUCUUUCAAAAUACUCCCUUAGGAAAGAAAGUUAAGCAGUGUGCCUUUUUUGCUUUUUUUUUUUUUUUUUUUUAAUGGCUUACAGUUUCUGGAGUGAUAGAAAUGAAAAUCACACUACCAUUUGAAGUUCAUUCUACAGGUUUUCAGUGUCAUUUCUGUACAGUGCAUUUAAUGUGUCACACUUAGGCUUGUGUUGGCUUUCUUCUUUUGCCCCAGAUCAAACUGAACGAUGUAUAUAUAACACUAUCUGUCUGUAAAAUACUUUUUUUAAGAAAGCAUUUAUAUUUAUAUGACAGCUUGAACUGACAACAUUAUGUAUAUAGAUCAUCUUGAAGUAUUAUUUCACAUUGAAAAGAAGAAAAAUAUAUUGAUAACUAUAGAUGUUAUGAAGAAGAGGCUAUUUCUAGUUUUGUACUAAAAAUCAAUUGGAUGAACUAAAUCCAAAACCGGACACUGUAGCAGCAACUUUCAGUCUUAUUUUUACUGUUUCUAUAUUGGAGGCUGCUACACAGAUAGAUGAUCUUCAUCCUUGGCGUUUUCAGAUAAACUUGGUUUCCUAGAGCAGACUGUUAACUUUCAAAAUUCCUUUUUAUUGCUGAAAUAGAAUACUGGUUUUCCUUAUGAGUGGUUAUUCAUAUUUGUAAGUUCUGGGUUUAUAAUUCAGGUUGGAGCAAGGUAUGAAUAACUAAAGAAAAUAACUUGCUGGCAAUAUAGGAAAUGCCAUGGAGAUGAACUGUGUAUAUACUUCUGAGAAGAGUAAAAUUAAUCAUUUUUUUUUCUGUUAAGCACUAGUCACUAUAGUGCAUCUCCUGGUUCUGUACUGUAUUUUAUACGCAACGUACAUGCUUUAAUAUUUUAAUGUUUGUGCAUUAAUAUUUUCAGUUUGUUUAACCACUUUGCUGCUAAGAUUUUGCCAUCCCGUUCCCAUUUUUUUUCCUUUACAAUUUUAAACAUUUCUUUUCAUUAAAAACUAUGAUAAUGAAAUUGGGUUUUUUUUUUUUUACUUUGAUUUUUGUAAUUAGCACACAUGAAUUCAAGCAGUCCAGAAAAGAAACUGAUGAUGUAAUGUUAUUGAGUCCCUUUGUGAAUUAGAUGGACCGUUUAAUCCAAUUCCAAACAUGUGCAGGUGGAUUCAAGAAUGAUUUCUUUUUGCUGUACAGAUUUGGCACUGCCAUUGGGCAUUUUCUUUAAAACUUCUCUUUUUGUCUAAAGUUUCAGCAGAUGGCUCAGAAAAACUGGUAAAGUAAAAGUAAAUAUUGAAAAUGAAUCAUCUGAAUGGCAUGACCAGAAAAUUCUCCACCUGUCGUGCUUCUUUGCUCAGAAUCAGGAGUUGUCAGAGGAUGCUUGUGGCUUAUGGGGAGCCUUUGAUUUCUUGAGCAGGAAUGCUGUGGAGCUCCAUCGCCACCUGCUGGAUGAUUUUAGACCGGCACUGAAAGAUGGGGAUGGUGUCGCCUAGUAAAGGGGGCUGUUCAGGGUAGCUUCUGCCCACCAGAGAAAUCAGGGGUAGGAACAGCUCAUAGGAAUGUAAGUAAAUCUUUCCCCAAAUGCAUAUGGUUGCCGAAAGGUUUUAAGCACUUUUUUCUUACACAUCCUGUUUUAAAAUAUUCAUUGAUACUUGGCACUGGCAGUCAAACAUCCGUGUGUACUGAAGCAUUGAUACAGCCAGUUCCUUAACUCAGAAGCCAUUACCAAAACGGUAUUCUUGUUUCCUUCCCAGCAACAGUCAGGCAGAAAUUUUUUAAACAUAGUUACCUGUAUUUUAUCAUGACAACUCCAGAGAGUAUGUAUGUUUCUGAGUAGAUGUUGAUGAGGCAGGACUUAAAAUUUCAAGAGAAAAACUUGAAACUACCUAUUUUCAUUGGUUAUUCAGCAGUGCCUAAAUUGAGCUUCUGAAGUAACGCAGUGCACUUUCAGUCCGUGUGUAUAGUGCCAUCUAAUUCUUUGGGCGAACCUCGCUUUCCCCCUCCCUCCCUCUCUUCCCUUCAGUGGCACAUAGGCAUUUCUUAGUGUUCAUGUCAGUCUUCAAAGUGCAGAAAACGUGGCGGGGAGAAUUUUAUGGAUUUUUCUUAUGUUGAAGUGGAAUGUCUGAUUAUAUUUGCAACAUGUAACUUGGAUUAAUGUAUUUUAAAGUAAUUUUAAUUGUAGUCCAACAAUGCAUUGAGCAAGUGUAACUUUUUUCUGAAAAAUAACUUGGAGAACUUUAGUUAACCGAUAAAACCAAUUCAUCACUAAAUGUCGCUCUUACUCUUGAUUUGAUCCAGAUCACAUUUCUGCGUCUUACAGGAAACACCAAAAAGUGGUUAAUAAAUGACAGUAGAGCCAUAGGUGAGUCAAACAGAAAAUAUUAAAGAUGUGCACACACAGAAAGGCAGAAGUGAUUUAUUCAAACCAAAAGGUAGGUGGAGAGGGAACGAACCUUACAGGGGAUGUAAGGUUCUAGUUACCUAGCAGCUGGGCAAUUAGAAACCUUUCAGUUGCUUUGCUGCACUCUUAUCCAUUGUUCCCAAAAGAUAAACUUGCAGAAAGUUACAAGUUUUUUAAUUUUUUCAAGAAUAAUUUAGUCGGAAGCCUUUGUAUUAAAGAUGCACAGAUUUUUGUGUGAGCAGGUUUUUUGUGAACAAGUGUGCAGUACAUUCUGCUUUCUGUCUUCUUGACUUCAGAAGUGCCUCACUUGUAUAUGACCCCCACUAGGAACCUGACUGCAUCUUACUAGUAACCAGUGGAAGCCCGCUUAACUCCUGUCCUAGUGCAUCUCCCCAUAUAGAGCCAACUGGCUGAGAGUUGUGAGUAUAUAAUGUAAAUAUGCACAUCUGAGUUUGUAACUGCUUUUGUUCCGUCAUAUCAUGUAAUUGGACAUAUCAGAUGGUAGACUUAUUUGUUUCAGUGAUUUCUCCUCCCCUGGAAUUACCCGAUUAAACCAAAUCAUGAAAUUUAAA